UCUAGGAUAUGCAUAUAGGCUACAUGUAUAAUGUGUAGUAUUGACACAAUCAUUAUUACUUUUCUAAUUUUAUUUUUGUUCAACUUAACAGGUUCGAUUUUUGUCAACCAGCUGUACGAUCCUGCUUACAUAUCAUCAGGCAAAAGUCCAGACUAUCGCAGUGAUCUUCUGGCUAUUAGAUUUGCCUCCUUCAACCCUAUCCUGGACCCAUGGGUGUAUAUUCUGUGCAGGAAAAACUUAUUAACCAAAGGUUGCACGCAACUCAAACGUAUUAUUGGCCUGAGGAAAGGGGAUCAUAGUCAUGUUUUGGGUUGGAUGGAUGGUCAGCACUCACCUCCGUCAUUUGCGCAAAGCAAUUGCACAAGUUAUGCAUCCUUGCGCACAGCCAUCUGUAGAAACGACGUGGGUAAACAGACCUGCACGAACACUAAGUCUUAUGUGGACUUAACCCUUCGCCAGGCAUGGGACUUUGAUACAGCCCUGGCUGAGUUUCAUCCUUUCAGCGUCGAGCAGAACGGUGUCAUGGGUUUUGAUGAAGAUGAAGGAGCAUCAAGCCCCAAAAUCCUCACCAAGACUGUUGUAGCACUACCAGCCACUGAAAUAUUAGAAAAUAAAGCUGAAAUAGUGACCUGCACUUUCAGUACACCAAGUUCAUGUUUAUCAGAAAAGUGCAUGAGACAAUGAUGCCAGUAGAGAUUCAUUCUGUAAAGCACUGAGAAAAAAAGACUUUUUCUCUUUUCUGUUAUUUUACAUUCACAAGAAAUUCUGUGAAUUUGCUUAAUUUUGAUUCCGAAUGAUCCUGAUUUUAGGAUUAAACCAUGACGCUUGUAUAUCUAUGUUUUGUUAGAUGACAUGGAUGUGUUUGAUAUGUGGUUAUGGAUAUGCUGUUUCCUACUGUGCUGUGCCAUGUUGCAUGAUGGGUUGUACUUGAACUGUGACUUGUAAAACUGUGAAUAAUUUAUUAAAGGUGCAAUUUAUUUUCAUCAUAUGCAAGAGUACAACUGACCAACAAACUAAAAUAAUUCAGCAAUCCUAAAACAAUCUAAAAAAUGAAAUGCUUAUAUCGUAAAAAGCUAAAAUCAUAGUCUUUCAGAUAAAAUGAUUAAAAGAAUUUCAUUCAACACAAAAGGACCAUGUAUCUAAUGACAGUAUGCUGCAGUAUUAACUAUAGUGAACUGAUAAACUGUAAUAAAUACUGUAGUGUACUUUAGUUUUUACUACAGUAAACUGUAGUGUAUUGUAGUAUAAUAGUUGUAGGAAACUCAGUACAGUAUUGGGUAAAGUAAUUUGCUUAUAUUACUAUAGUUAUAUUACCACAGCAACUAUAGAAUUACCACAACAAAUUAAUUCAAGUACUUUACUAUAGUAUGGUUAAAAAACACUAUAGUAGCCUAUUUACUAUAAAUUACUAUAGUAUUUUGUCAUGUUCAUAAAUAGCAUAUCUGCUUAUCAAUCUGUCAUCUCUGAACAUACAAUAUGCAAUGCAAUAAAUACAAAAGUUGGAAAAAAAAUCUUUAUAAUCUUUAAAAUCUUCAUUCUUUAUUAUUUACCAGUCAAAUUUGUAACUGAGACAAGAUGAUUUCCCUUAACGACAAAAAAGCAGGAUUACUUUAAUGCUGGGAUUGCGGAAUGCAAUGGGAAUGCAUUUCCUUGACUUUCUUCAUGUUGUUUUUGUAGCUUGUUGUUUGCAAUCCUGUUUUCUCUGUUUCCUCUUUAUAGUGUUCAUGGUUGAGAUUUUUCUUAUUUUCUAGACUAUUUUAAGUCGUAAAGUGAGCAGGACAUGUUAAAAUGUAGCGCAUGGAUUCGGCAGGCAUGUAUUCACGAUACUAAGAUUGCAGCCGGUCUCUUGGAGGGUGUGUGGAGCCCUCCCUAGCUCUACAGCGCCCCACAAAUUUCCACCACAAUUGUGGUGAAAAAUGGAACUGCAGCGCGCUCUCAUAGAGAGCCAUUGGGGCAGAUUUCUGGCUGCCCCGGUCAUUUUCACGUUAGGUAAUAUGCGAGCCACAAAUUAAAUCUUGGCGAGCCGCGCAAU